GAUUUUGCUGCGAGCAACUGUCAUUGUUGUAUUGUUUGUUUCUUAUGUUAGGUUUCUUAUUUUCUCUUUUGAAUAAUAUUAUCCUCGUGUUUUGCAUAAAUUGUGUAUGAUUAAAAGUCAUACUGGCGUCGGAAAAUUACCCAAAGAAAAUGCUAGACGGGUGGUACUGCCGCUCUAUAGCAAAUAUGCAAGCGAGCGAAGCCGCUAGUGUUAGCAGCAGUGCACCCGCAGAAUCGAGCCACGCUCGCGACUCGCGUACAUAUUCCAGUGAUAGCAGUAGUGAACCGGAUUCGGAACCCAACUAUCGUAUUCAAUAUCUAACACUAAAGAAGAAACUCAAGUACCUUAUUUAUGAAAAUGAAUGCUUCCAAGAUGCUCUUAGAUCUAGUCAGAAAAGAUUAUUAAAAGUGUCCAGAGAUCGUAGUUUCCUGUUAGAUAGAUUAUUACAAUAUGAAAAACCUGACAGUUCUACCUCAGAAAGUGAAGAUACAGAAUCAUCAGAUGACACUGAUAAUAAUCGAGUGGAUGCAAUAAAAAGAAAAAAGUUGGAUGCUAAUGCAUCUCAUCAAAACACUGCCCCUGCUUUAAGUAAAGGAGCUAACACUGUAAAAAGGAAAAGAGUUUUCAUUCCUAAAAAAACAAACGCCAAUCACACACAGCAAGCUACUAAUGCUAUUAUGACGAAAGCAUCACCCGCCCUUGGUUUUGGACUUUCACCUGGGGAUGGCCACAUGACCCCUGAAGAGGUGGAGCGUCAUUUGCAAUCCCGACAGUCUUAUUUGGAAUUGCUACCCGAGAGAGCACCACCUACGGUGCCGACGGAAAUGUUCAGCAAUGACCCAUCUCUUGAUAGUGAAUCCAACGAUGUAUUGGAAAAUUCACCAAAUGUAGAAGAAUGGUUUGAUUAAUUGUAUUUUUAAAGUAAAAUAUUUAUAAUAGUCGGUAAGUUAAAGAUAUUUUAAUACAAUUUGGGUCUGACCAAUUAAAUUUUUAUCAUAAUAUCAUUGAUUUUUAUUAUUCAUUUAACGGCCAGUAAAAUGUUCAAUGUGACCCUAUUAUAAUGAAAUAAAUAGCAUGAUAAAAUACUAAAUCAUUAAAGGAGUGGACAUAACAUUCACCUGACUCAUUUGACUGUGUGAAAUGAUGAGUAUGGUCAAGCUUUAUAGAUAAAAUUGCACCAGUACCUAUCAUAACUAGGUAAUAUUUAAUUGGACAACAGAAUUUUGCCUACGCUGCUUAAAAAACAUUCCAUCAGUGGUUUGAUUGGUUUCGAAGUCUGUAUUGAGAGUUCCUUUUCCUCGUAGUGCGAUGUUAUUGGCGGUGUGCUGCAGCACAGUGGUUUUUAUCUCCCUUUUUUAUACAGUAUGCGGUAAUGCUAUUUCAUGUCAAUAAGAUUCUUCUUGCCAUUUCUAUGCAGACGAUUUGCAAAUUUAUUCUCACGCUACUGUUGAAAAUAUUAGGUCAGCCAUCUUGUCAUCAACAUGAAUGUUAUGAUCAUCACAGAUACCAGAUCAUUUAUAGUAUAUUAUAACUUAAGGGAAAAUGUAUAUAUUCAUAUAGAUUCAUCCCUGCGGUACUCCAUAGGUACAUACUGCGCAUCAGAGUGAUAGCGCAGUAAGUUCCUAUGGAGUACCGCAGGGAAGUACUCUUGGUCCUACACUUUUCCUCGUAUACAUUAAUGACCUGUGUGUACUUCUCGACGUGGUCUUGAUUUGUUGAUGUUCGCUGAUGACACUGUGUUAAUUCUACAUGACAAAACCUGGCCUAAAGUUGCGAAACUAGCUGAGGAUAGUUUAGCAGACGUAACAAAAUGGUUAGACCGGAGUCUCGUUACAAUAAACACAAAUAAAACAAAAUAUAUGUGCUAUAGUAAAACAGCUGCUGGUGAUCCGGGCCACGAAAUUAAUGUUUUAAUACAUACCUACCCCUGCAACUGGAACAGAUCAAGUGUAUGCAGCUGCUCUGCACUGUCACGUGUAAGAGUCUUUAAGUACCUAGGUGUUACAAUAGAUGACCAUUUGACCUGGGAGCACCAUAUCUCAUCACUUGCAUUGAGAAUCAGAAAGCUCAUAUAUGUGUUUAGGAAUCUUCGCCAUGUUGCUGACUACACACUGGUCAUACAAACUUAUAAAGCCUUGUGUGAGUGUCUAAUUAGGUACUGCAUAUGCGCGUGGGGAAGAGCAGCAAAGACACAUCUAAUUAUUGCUGAACGUGCACAGCGUGCAAUCGUUAAAGUAAUGCUCUUCCUUCUGUUUAGGCAUCCCACAAUGCAGGUGUAUGAGUUGUCCGGUGUACUUAGUAUCAGAAAACUAUUUAUUUUCGAAGCAGUCCGACGCUACCAUAGAAAGGUUGUUCCCCUCCUGCCUGUUUCGAAUAAGAGAAUAGAAUAAAUCACAUCUAUAAAUGUAAAGACAAAAGCAACAGAGAAAUUAUAAGUAUACUAAUAGAAUGGUUAAAGGAAUUUAAUUACGAUGAUUUGGAGACGAUGUUGGAUACAUGUUGAAAUUAUGAGUUUCCGGCUCAAAUUAACUAUAAUAUGAAUUUGUUAAUGGUUCGUUAGCUUUACUGUGUUUCUAUUUCCUACAAUGUAUUUCUUAUAAUUUUUGUUUUCAUGGAUUUAGUUUCGUUUGUGAAAUUACUAAGCAUAACUUAAAAUAGUUUUAUAUUUACAUUUGCAGUUUUAAUAUUUGUAGUAGUACUCAUAUAUUUGUUAUUAUUAUUAUUAUUUUUUUUUUGUAUCCCUUUUUUUGUACUUUUUUUUUCUUAUCUUCGGGCAUAAGAUUUGUGAAUAUAGGUUGGAGAAGACAAAGGCUCCUGAAACACAGUUUUUAGCUAGCUCGGGAGCCCUUGGAUUCAUUAAGUAUUGUAUUAUUUGAAAUUAUGUCAAUAAAUACAUUUUUUACUU